CGGGGGCAUUGAAAAGAAAUGUACUCUACAUUAAAUGAAUAUAUAGCGAACUACACCACCUCCCUGCAAAUCGCAUUUCCGAGAGACUGAAGUUCAAAUUUGCUCGGGGAGAAUGCCCCCGAACCCUCCUAAUUCCUCCCUCCUUCGGCGGUCGCUUGCCUCGGUUAUCYGUUCACUCUGAUCUGGCUACCGAAUUUACAUAUGGAUAGUGUUGUAUUUCUCCUCUUAUUCUGAUCAUCAGCGAUCAUCAGGCACUUUUUUAUUUUUGUUUUCUCGAGACAUUUUGGGUUUCCUUUGUUAAGUUCAUAGCGAGCGAAAGAUUGAGUACUAGUAUCCUAGUCGCGCGAAUGUGGGUGCGAAAUUUGAAAACGUUUCUCGUGAAAUUCUUCCCAAAAUAUGCUCAAUUGUUAUGGACAACGAGAAUGAUUCAAACGCCGUGUGUUAUUGGGGACUUGAUCCUACCUUUUGGAUACAUCGAAAGGUGUUUAUAAAAAUGAUAUUUAUACUUCAACAAUCGAAGUCUUACAAAGGAUUUUAUGAUUGUCAUGGUCGUAUCAUAUGCAAAGUAGAGAUCCAUGGUAUCAUUUCUAGUGUUGAUGAAAGAGAAAAGCUUGUCACUUAUAAAGUGGAUGAUGGAACAGGAAUUAUAGCAUGCUGUUGUUGGAGAGAUACAAUAAAAGAUUUGUUUACUUUGGGUGAUUUAGUCACAGUCCAAGGAAAAAUUACUGAAUAUCGCAAUGAAAAACAGUUUACUGUGAAUACAAUUUCAUUAGAGGAUAACUUUAAUGCAGAGAGUUUAUUUUGGCUUGAUGUUGUAAAUUUGUCCAAAACCCUCUACAAAGUGCCAUUUACUCCACCUGAAAGCUUGCUGAAUUGUCAGACAACAAGGAGUUCUAAGUUUUUGUUGGAURUGAUACAUCAAUGGACUCGUCUUAGCAAAAUCUGUUUUUCUUUUGCUGAAUUGUGCUCUGUUCCUGAUGUGAAAAGAUUCAUGAAUUCUGCAAUUGGUUCUGAUGCUAAAAAGGAUGAUAUUGAUGAACAAUCAUCAGUAAACGAUCAGAAAUUCUUGAGAGAUAUAUUGUGCCAAUUGGAAAGAGAAGGAGAAGUUUUUUACAAAGAUUCACACAAAGACAAAUAUGAGAUCAUAACACAUGACAAACACUUAAAACCUGUUAUAAUAAAAGCGAUCAAAAAUAUCUGCAAAGGGUCUCUGCAUGAUGGUGCUCAUGUAUCAAGAAUAACUGAUGUUGUUCAUUCAUCGCAACACCUUGGUCGAGUACCUUGUGCAAAAAUCAUUGAAUCUUUGAAGAAGCUUGUAGAAAACAGUAUAGUCUAUCAGAAAAAUGACCAAAUCUACUGCUUUGUUUAGAUGUAAUGAUCAGGUUAACURUGGUAGAAUACCUGGACAAUUUGAUGAGGUAAAACCUUGCAAUGCAGUGAGCUCUUAAUGUUGUAGAAAACAGUAUAGUCUAUCAGAAAAAUGACCAAGUCUACUGCCUUGUUUAGAUGUAAUGAUCAGGUUAACUGUGGUAGAAUACCUGGACAAUUUGAUGAGGUAAAACCUUGCAAUGCAGUGAGCUCUUAAUGUACUUGUUAAAAUGUUGGUUUGUGUUGUACUUAAAAAAAAAGGAUGUGCUUCACUUUUACAUGUAAUGGUGUGAAGAUAUUAUUAUUAGAAUAGGCUAGCUAUAUAAAUAGCUUGGAGACUGAAUGACAACCAGCUCGGCCUCCACUGACUUAGAUUAUAGGCUAUUGCACAGCUAUUCAGACUACCUCUACAAUGGUACACUAAUUCUUGAGGCAACACUUAAGACAAAUCAAUUAUAUAUGUGGCCUAAUUACUCUAACUAUAAACAUGUUAUAACUAGUUGGUUCAUCCAGUGUGUCCGUGAAAUAGUUUUUCAACUCAAUUCGGCAAUUUUUUAAAAUUGCCGAAUUGUAAUACAAAAGCCUUUGUCUGUUUUACUAUUUAUUAAUUAGACUUGCUUUCCUUCGAAUUAGAAAAGGAGAUGCUAGUAGAGAACAAUAGAUCAAAGCAAUGCGUCGUGAUGGAAACACCAGCUAAUGCAAUUGCGUUUUAUUAGUGUUACAACUGUUUCAAGGAUGAAACAAGUGCACUGCACAAUAAAAUACGCGAAAACAAAAAACAAUGAACUCGCUUUGAKUGAAAUAAUGAACCAAACACUUUGUGUUUAUUUAUAGUCUUACAGUUUUUUAAACGACUGGAAACAAAAAAACAUUGAUACGUUUUUCCAGCUGCAAAAAAUGAAAACAAAAACAAACAAAAAAAGCGACAACAACAAAAUUAUUUGCACGAAUUUUCGCAAUUCUUGGGAAGGAAUUUAAAUUCAAAACUCUAGACAAGUCCAACUUGCAAAUACUAAAGUGUGUUAUCUAGCUUGCAAUGAAAUGUAACAGCUUGAUAUUGAAUUUCUGGUUUGCAAAAAAUCCAAGAAGAGA